CUGGAGGAGGUGGCUCCGAGGUAGACAGGAGGAGCGCCCUGGGAUGGGGCUGAGGGGGCGUAUGGAGGUGGGAGCUUGGGAAGGUCGUGAGCUAUGCAAGGAUGUGUUCGGGUCUCGAGAUUCCCGGGUGAUGAGCCCGGAGGGGCGAAGGCCUAUGAAUGUCUCACUACGGAAGACCAAGGUGUGGGAUUGGCAAAGAGAGCGCAGAGCUUCCUCACUCGCUGGGGCCCCCCAGCCCCGCCCCAUACCUGCGCGGCGGCCCCGCCUCCACCCAUCCAUUGGCUAGACCCGCCGCCCGUCAGACGAGCCCCCGGGGCCCGCCCCCAGCCCUGAGCUGCGCUUCUUACUUAGCUCUGGGGCCACAGCGCCAGCGCCACUCUGCCAGGCUCCCGGCCAUCGCCCGCCUGGUGCGCCGCCCGCCAGCUAUUUGCCCGCGCGGGGCCGCCCGCCGCGGGCUCAGGGCAGACCAUGCCCCCGCCAAGUCCUCUGCCCGCCCGCUGGCUAUGCGUGCUGGCAGGCGCCCUCGCCUGCGCCCUUGGGCCGGCGGCUGCAGCAAGAUGUGGGACAACCUCACCUGCUGGCCAGCCACCCCUCGGGGCCAGGUAGUUGUCUUGGCCUGUCCCCUCAUCUUCAAGCUCUUCUCCCCCAUUCAAGGCCGCAACGUAAGCCGCAGCUGCACCGACGAAGGCUGGACGCACCUGGAGCCUGGCCCAUACCCCAUUGCCUGUGGUUUGGAUGACAAGGCAUCGAGUUUGGAUGAGCAGCAGACCAUGUUCUACGGUUCUGUGAAGACCGGCUACACCAUCGGCUACAGCCUGUCCCUCGCCACCCUUCUGGUCGCCACGGCUAUCCUGAGCCUGUUCAGGAAGCUCCACUGCACGCGGAACUACAUCCACAUGCACCUCUUCAUAUCCUUCAUCCUGAGGGCUGCCGCUGUCUUCAUCAAAGACUUGGCCCUCUUCGACAGCAGGGAGUCGGACCAGUGCUCCGAGGGCUCGGUGGGCUGUAAGGCAGCCAUGGUCUUUUUCCAAUAUUGUGUCAUGGCCAACUUCUUCUGGCUGCUGGUGGAGGGCCUCUACCUGUACACCCUGCUUGCCGUCUCCUUCUUCUCCGAGCGGAAGUACUUCUGGGGGUACAUACUCAUCGGCUGGGGGGUACCCAGCACAUUCACCAUGGUGUGGACCAUCGCCAGGAUCCAUUUUGAGGAUUAUGGGUGCUGGGACACCAUCAACUCCUCACUGUGGUGGAUCAUAAAGGGCCCCAUCCUCACCUCCAUCUUGGUAAACUUCAUCCUGUUUAUUUGCAUCAUCCGAAUCCUGCUUCAGAAACUGCGGCCCCCAGAUAUCAGGAAGAGUGACAGCAGUCCAUACUCGUAUGCAUCUGCUGCCAAGCCAGGGAGCUCAAGAGGACACCGAUGACCUGUGUCUUGUUCAUACCAUGUGCCCAGUCCCUGGCAUGUGCCUCACAUGGAAAAAGGGUGCAAUAAACACAUAGUAGAUGAAUGCCCUGGGGGAGACCCCAGUCCGCCAAUGAGACAGCCAUGUUCGGGACUCAGUAUUCCUCAGUAAUAAUGAUGACACCUGCAGUUUACAUGCCAGGCACACGCUAAGGGAUUUCCAUGCAUCAUGUCAUUUCAUCCACACGGUCCCCUACAAAAUUAUCUUUAUUUUACAGAGAGGAAACUGACAUAUACUCCCUUCUCCUUGAGGGUUUUGGAGCAUGUCACCAUGGGCAGGGAGAAGGGGGCACAAUGUCUGUGGACCAGGGCUCGGAAAGGUGUCAGGACCGUUCCCCCUGCUUGGGAGGACUGGAGGAAGAGGCAGGUUUUUUGCAGGAGCAACAAGGCGUGAAGACAGAGCUAAAGAAACAUGAAAAAUAUGAAAAGGGAGGCUGUGGGAAGGCAAGUAGGGUCUGCAUGCUCACAGAUGGGAGUAGGAGAUUGAGUAUCAGUGCUAUUCACACAAGACAAACCUGGGACGUCCCACAAGGCCUUCCAGUCCUGGGAUUCUUCUUGGCCUGGCUUCUCUUUGGAGAGUCUGUGCUGUGGUUCUAAGAUUCCUGGCUAGAAUGUCACACACUGCUGGAUUUAGGAUUCUAUUCUGGAAUCCUGUGAUUCUCCCUGAUGAGACUAAGACUCACAUUCCUGGUGUGACUACAUUCUCUCCUGCCAGGUGUGUAGGCGGAGCUUCCCUUCCUGUCUGAGAAGGAAAGGCUGGGGGGGGUGGAGGGGGGUCUGCAGUCUGCUGAGGGGCAGCACGUCGGGCCUGUGCACCCUCAUCCUCUCCUUUGCCGAUGGGACCUUAUUUCCCCCAACUUACAAUGGUUCAAAAGGGCCUGAAUCUGAGGCAAACAGAGCUGGCCAUGGUCAGGGCCAGGUCUGUGUGGUGAGACAGAAAGGAAACAGUUGUCAGCAGGCAAAAGGGGUGGGGGCAGUCGGAGAUGAAGCUCCUCAAGGAGAGGCUGUCAGCUCCCACUCUCCACCUCCCUAUAAGCCUUUGAUUUAAAGAAAGCCUCCAUCUGUUAGCCUCCGGUGCGUGGGAUAGUUUUGCAGCUGAAGAGGGGUGGGCAUUGCUCAGGAUCUUGGCAUGGCUGAGAACCAGGUCCAGGAAGGAAUGGGAGGGGCAAGGCCAGCUCCUCUGCCCCCAGCUUGCUGCGGGACCUCAGGCCUUGGGCUAGGCUUCCUUGGACUGACUGCUAAGGCAGGAGAGACAGAGUCAGAGACCCUCCCUAUCCACACCCCACCUCUCCUAGCCAGGGAGCAAUGGGUUCACACUGCCUGGAUCAGCUAUGAGGUCAGGUGGCUGGGAGGCCUGAACCAGGAAGAGCUCUGGGCCAUGGGAGGCAGGUGAGCAUUUAGAAUGAAUGCUGACCCUACUGAGCACACAAAGCUGUGAAGAAGGAGCUGGUCCUUCAGAGCACUCUGGGAGUAUAUGCACUGGUGUGGGGAGGUAGGAGGAGGGGGAUGCAACCCCAGAGAAGGUGGCAACUUCUGGAGAAGCAGACACAGCAGAGAAAACACAGAUAGAGGACGAUACUGAUUAAUUUUGGGUUGUCCUUGGUGAUCAGGUAUGAACUUGGGUCCCCAUCACCCUCCCAAGUGGCCCUGGGCAUAUGUGGUCAGCACCCCAGUUAGAAAGACUUGUUUCCUAGUACAUCUUCUCUCAUGGUCUCUCAUGGAUGCACUACACUUCAUAGUACCCAAAACACUUCCAAGUUCAUAGUGGGCCUCUCUUUCUAUAAUUUGACUAUGUUGAGCACACACUUACUGCAUUAUACAAAUUGGAAAAACUGAGGCCAGGAGAGGAGGAACCAGGACCUCUUGUUGCAUAAGAGAUUUUCUGCUGCUCUUGAUGGCUGAGAGCAUCCUCUACUGCAAUGAUGAGGUAAGCCUCUCCCAGACCAGGGGGCCCAGGCAACAGAACUCCCAAUAGUGGAUUUCAGCUAACAUGUCCCUGUUAGCAUCAUUCUCACUGGCCUCUCCUUUACCUCUUACCCUCUCUCCUCCAGAAGGGUGAGAAUAGAGGGGGUUUCUUUCUCUCUCAUGCUUCCCUCCAGGCCAGGAGGGCUGGGGGCAGAAGGGCAGAGGCACUGUAGCUGUGGAACAGGAGCAGACAAGGGCAUAAUAUUUAGAGGAACCUACAGUCCAUUCUCACACAUCCUGGUCAUUGUCCCCAUCUUCUGUGCCUCCAGCUGCCCCCAUGACAUGCCCUAUCAUAUCCACAUGUGUGGCCACACAUACCCAUGGCCUGUCCCUCCCCUGUCUCUAGGAGGCUGGCCAGGUCCACGCUCCUGCUGAUCCCCCUGUUUGGGGUACACUACAUCAUGUUCGCCUUCUUUCCAGACAAUUUUAAGCCUGAAGUGAAGAUGGUCUUUGAGCUCGUCGUGGGG